AUGCUGCUCAGCUUCAUUGAUACCCUGAGGCCCAACAACAUUUCCAUCAAUGGAACUACCCAGUGGCCUAAUUGCGACAUUGAUAACCCUAAAGCGCUCGUCUUUGAUGUAAACGCCACAGAGCUUUGUCGCCCUGGGAAGGAUAACUUCCGCAGUGAUGCCAUCUCCUACUGGAUGGACCUGUUAACCACCAAUAACUACCCAAAGUAG